CUCCAUCCGGGCGCGUCCGGUUGCCGACGAUCCUCGUCACCGCUCCUCAGCCCCGCUCCAUAAAUCUCCGUGUAUGAAUUAUUUGUAUAUAUCAAUACUUGAGACGUGCAGGCUCCUCGCUUAAUUCAGUGGGUGGUGUGAAAAAGCACGCUAUUGUGAUAUUAAAUGACACGAAGGUGAGUAUCCACCUGGACCCUGGACGUUUAGGUGGUAUUGUUUGCCCAGGACGAUGUUGGAAGUGAUUCAUCCUCCGCAGCUGAAAAGCCCCAAAAUGGUGGCAGCGGUGGCAUCUUCUUGCUACCGCUUUAAACCAUCCAGGAGCGUCGUGAAACAAAAGAAAGAACUUUUCGAACGAGGCUUCAGCGAUUCCUGCCUCCUCGCUAAAAGUUGUAAAAUUCAUCGCGGUCGAAGUGCUGACUCAUUCAGAUCUAAAUCUCUGAACGAGGCGCAGCGGCUGGUAAAAUAUCGCAGUUCCAGCUCACUGGCGUCUCUGGACAGCGGCGUGAGUUCCCGCGGUGGCUCUGCCAACGCAUCAUGCGAGGACCUCCAUUGUGCGGCGCGCCAAGCCCCCAGCGGUGACCGAACUAAACUUCGAACCGACAACCGGCGACAACAUCUUCGCGUCACCAGCUUUUCCCUGCCUCGGUCCCCGUUGCCUGAAGACUCCUCAUCGCCAGUGAAAAGCCCUUGUGCAUACGGCCUACUUUCCUCCGCAACUACUUCAUCUUCGCCAAAUUUAUGUUUGUCAGAUCAUCUACCGCCGCCCGUACCACCUAAGUCGCGACCUCCUCUACCACCUCGACGCAGGAUUGACUCCCCUAUCCCGCCAUCGAGCCAAACAUCAUCGGUGUUUGGUGACGCCGACAGUGAAUCUUCCUCCGAUUUAUAUUUCCCCGAGUUUUUGUGUGACGAUCGCAGCACGAGUGCACUACUCAGGAGCGCCAUUCCCCCGGCGUUUUUCUUCAAAGAUUCCGUGCUCCGAUUUUUGCUCGACGUCGGCCACUCGGCGGGCAACGAUGUCCUCAUCGAAAAAAUUGCCGGCGAAACUCCAGGACGUUUCUCGCUCACCGCGGCCAUCCCGUCCGUCCAACCUGAGGAGCGAACCGAGUUGCAGGUGCUGUUCAGGACGGGCGGGCUGGCGCGGCUGGAGGAGCAGCGCGACGCGGUGCUGGCCGGCACCAUCACGCGCCUUCAGGCCCACGCCAGGGGCGUGCUGGCCAGGCGCAGGCUUCAGAAGAGGAAGGUGCAGGAGACAGCCAUCCGCUGCAUCCAGAAGAACGUGCGCAAGUUCAUGGGCGUGCGCGAGUGGCCGUGGUGGCGCCUGCUGGUGCGCCUCACGCCUCUCCUCGACGUACACAGGACCGAACACCAGCUACGGGAGGCCAAGACGGAGUUGGAGACACGGAGUUGGAGACGUGCAAAUGCUAACGUUGUGUUGGGUGUUGUACAGACGGAGUUGGAGACGCUGCGGGCGCGGCUGGAGAAGGUUGAGAGAGAGAAGAGCGGCCUGCAGCAGUCCAACGACACCCUCGAGGCGCGGUUGACGUGGUAA